UGGUAAGAAUCAUUCUUAAAUAUAGGGUGUGCAAAUCAUGAAAUGCAAUAAUUAUCUGAAUAAUAGUAAAUAUAAAAGAGUAAAGAAACCUAAAUUGAGUUAAAGAGAUUGGCCAGAUCAAAAGCAUUGUAGAAAACAGUUGAAGCUUGUUCCUGCAAAUCACAAAAUAUCUUAUAGAACAGCUAAGACGAGGAAAUAUUAUUGAACGAAUCUUAACAAAAUCCAUUUUAUUAAUCAUAUUAAAAAGGACCAAGAAAGAGUUAGAUUCAAUAAUAUUUGGAGAAGAUGUUGAAGAAUGUAGAAUGUAAUUAUUUAGAUACAUUGAUUUAGAGAAACAAGUUGUCAUCAAAAAAGAAAAUAAUUUCAAACCGUUAAGUAUUUUAAAUGAAGAGAUAAAUAAAUCAAAAACAAAAUUCCAUUUCAGAUCCAACUCUUAAUUGUCUCUCACUAAUUAUUAGUCCUAAUUUAUACCAUACUUUGAACAAGUCAGAACUACAACUAAUAGUUCUUAUUAUAAUAAUAAAAAGGAUUGUCUUAAAUUGAUAGACCUUAUGAAAAACAAAAAUAAAGUUAUUAAAAUUAAGAAGUGA